AUGAGCUUCUCGUGGAAAAUCGCUGGCAUCAGUUACCUUAAAUAUACUCAAGUAUGUGCUCGAGUAGUUCGAAACUCUUUGAAAGAAGAACAACGACUGGUAGCGCAGCGACGAGACGAACAAGGCCUUAAAUACGCGAAGUGGGAAUCCGGAAAGCAAGGAGAAUUAAAACCUGUCGAGGAGCAACGCACUGGUUGA